CAUUCCCAUGGGACGCACCCCUCAGGCAGGCCUUAGGAGACCUUGCCUAGGCCCUGUCACUUCGCAGCGUUUCAUGAACAUAUUCCUGCGGACUCACGAAGCUACUGAUAGGCCUGCUUUAACCCCUUCCAGUCCGGACACUUCCCCCCCCCCCCCCUUUCCAGUCCAGACACUUUUCACCCCCUUCCAGUCCGGACACUUUCACCCCCCUUCCAGUCUGGACACUUUUCACCCCCUUCCAGUCCGGACACUUUCACCCCCUUCCAGUCCGGACACUUUCACCCCCUUCCAGUCCGGACACUUUCACCCCCUUCCAGUCCGG